GAGCCUGUUCUGUCAGUCAGUAUUGGGUUAGGUCAGCCCGGAGACAGACGCACUCGUCCCUUCGUGAUCAACACACAAUCUCCGAUAUUUUCGUAUUUUCGAAAUAAGUACCAGAUCAGUAGCUCGUGUCUUGCCACCAAGACAGGACACAUACACGCACGACGAGCAUAAAUCGGAAAAUUGUGCAAGUUCUCCAGGACUGGAAGGACGUUUUUAUUUUUGUUUUAACGUUUUUCGGUUUCGACUUUUUUGUGUGAUCCGAACCCGCUUAUACUACGGCUGUACAUUUUACGCUGUGUCGCCGCCUGUGAUACUACACUAUUUCGUAAAUCAGAGAACACAUCGUCGUCGAAGCUCUUCUGAAAAAAAGUGUGCAAACGAGAAGACGCAAAAUUAUUCGCCGCUUGUGAUAUAAGGCAAUGGAUGGAGUGUCUCAGUGAUCAAUUACAACACGAUCGUAGAAUGGCUCUCUCGUACAUGCAAGAAGCACAGAUCACCGCAGGACUCUUAGCCAGUCACAGCUUGAACAUGAAGCAGAACAUCGACUCCGUGGACAAGCAGUCGACCUCGCCGCCGCUCAACAACAACACCACCAGCAACUCCGCGGCUGCCCAGCUUUUCUCGAGCAUGGGUGCAGCAGCGGCCGCGGCCGCGUCUCUCUCGAUGCUGACGCCCCAGCAGCUCGUCGCGGCUUCGCACAUGAGCCACGCGCUCAUGGCCGCGGGUAUACCCGUCUCGCUCAACCCUAUGAAUCAGCCCGGAGCUUCGCUGUACCGUCAUCACCCGAGCCUCUUCGGUGGAUGGAUGCCAUCGUCGGCCUCGCCGCCUCUGCACUCGCCCGGCCCGGUCUCGCCAGCUCUCAGCUCCAAGUCCAGCCAGGCCUCCAGGCGCACGCCCAACCACAUCUCCGCUGCCAACAAUAACAAUAAUAACGUCGUGAGCAGCAGCGCAGAUCGCAUGAACAAGAAGACCGGCCAGAACGGCGCGAAGAAGCCGCGCGCCACGAAUGUCAAGUCCGCAAAGCAGGACGGUUCGGCCGGUCUCGAGACCGCAGUAGUCAGUCCGCCCAGCUCGCUCAGCCCAGACGCGCCAAGCGUUGUCAGCAAGGACGGCCGCGAUAAGGUCUUCACAUGCGGAGUUUGCUCCAGAUCCUUUGGAUAUAAGCACGUGCUGCAGAACCACGAGAGGACGCACACCGGCGAGAAGCCCUUCAAGUGUCCCGAAUGCAACAAGAGAUUCACCCGCGAUCACCAUCUCAAAACGCACAUGCGGCUGCACACCGGCGAGAAGCCGUACCACUGCAGCCACUGCGACCGGCAGUUCGUUCAGGUCGCGAACCUCCGCCGUCACCUGCGCGUCCAUACAGGCGAACGUCCUUACGCCUGUGAGCUCUGCUCGGCCAAAUUUAGCGACAGCAACCAGCUCAAGGCUCACCUGCUCAUCCACAAGAACGAGAAGCCCUUCAAGUGCGAGCACUGCCACAUGCGUUUCCGGCGUAGGCACCACUUACUCCACCACAAGUGCGCCGUCAACCCUGCGAGCCACGUUACCGCCGGCGCCGGCGCCACGACCGUUCUGCCCAGCAGUCUCGUCACGGCCCACCUCGGCUCCAGCAGCAGAUCCUCGCACGCCUGCAGCGACGAUCUCGAGGACGACAUCGACGUCGACGUCGAGAUGGACGAGGACUCGCUCAUGCUCGCCCGACACAAGCAGUCCGUCGGCCUCAGGAGAAACGUUCCAGCGAUGCGUCAGCUUACCUCGCCCGCGGCGACGAUGCCCAUGAACCUCUCCGGUAUCCCCGUCGACUUGCCCGAGCAGACCGAACCCGAGGACCUGUCCAUGUCGACCUCGAGGAGCCGCGACUACAGGCCGCAGUCCCACUCGCACUCGCACAGCAGCGGCGGAGGCUCGCCCAUGAGCCACUCGCCCAGUAGCGACAUUGCCCACGAGGAGGAAGAGGAGGUCGACGACGUGGAGAAUCUCGAUGUUGCGCGUGCCAGCCCCAGUAGUCUCUUCGCACCCGACGCGAGACGCGUCAGGUGAACCGAACUCGCUAUUCUGUAGUGACGAUGUGAUCAUGCUGACCGACAGCCCACGAGAUAUAUAGUAUUACGCGACAUACAGAGAGAGAGAUAUCUAUAUGACGAUGUACUUGUGAUACCCGAGUAGACCAGCUCGAGUUUUUGUAUAUAGACUAGCGGCGGGAAGAGCGUACCUAUAGAGACGAUGUUCAUGGCGCGGAACAUCAAUCGGUUAGAGUUUUUAGUUAUAGUUAUAUAUCUUAGUUACUAGAUUUCGUAUGUUUGUUUGUACGUGUGUAGAGAUAUAUUAUAGUAUAUAUGAAGAGAUGCGCGCGAGCUUGAGGAUUAUAAGGAAAUAAAAACGAGCGAGAAGGAAGAGUUUUAAGAUUUAGAGAGAAAGAGAUAUUAAAAAAGCUUAAACUAAAAUAACUUUAAUGAAAAAAAAACAUUUUGUGGAAUAGUGUGAAUGUUACUGGUAUACAAGUUCCUCUGACAGUUAAAAGUAACGGGGAGAGUGAUCGCAUCGGUCCACCCGUCCUCUGUCGCCCUCGCAACUCUCGCGUUAUGCAUUGUAAUUCGCAAAAAAGAGAAGAAAAAUAUCGUCCAAAGACUUAUGUAUCGCGCGUUGUUCACGUGGUUUCUUCGAUCAUCUCGAAGAAGAAGCCGUUGUACAGCAUAGUUAGAAUUUUUUUAAUCCUCACAUUGUAGCGUGAACUGAUGGCGCGUCCGCUGCAAACUCAGGAAAGUCGAUGUGCGAAAAUUCUCAUUUUUUUUUUUUUUUUAGUUAACUCGCUGUAGUUGAAGAAAAUUUAUUCGUAUAUAGAUUUAUACAUUUAUAUAGAUUAUUAUUAGAUUAUUUUUAGUUAUUCUACUUUUAUCGCUUAUUACAUAGUAUUAUUAUUAAAAUUAAUAUUUUAUUUUCUAUUCUUUGUACCGCUUAAGAAUAGUCGUCCAAUGAUUGUUUUUUUAAUAUUUAUUUUUGUUGUUAAUACAUAGAAAAGAACAAAGAAACGUCGUCGUCGGCUCGAGUGUGCCCGCACGCCUCCUGUACAUAGUUGAAAACCUAUGGCGUGCGAGAGACCGAGUCGACGAGCGUAUAUUAUCAGACGACCGAUAUUAUUCCGAGAGAAGACUCUUGUUAAUGCGUGGAUAUAAUAAGUAAACAAACAAGAAAAAUACAUGCUCAAUGUUUUAAGGAAUAUUAUUUUCGUUCUAUUUAUUUUUUUUCUGCUUCUCACACACACAUUUAUGAUUUUCCCUCUUGUCUAACACCUCGCAAAUUUUUCCUCCACCGCACGCUUUUGCUAGCGACACUUACACACGACACGCGCCGAAAGCCUGUGCUACGUAUCCGCAUGCGUAUAAAAGGAAGCUUCUGGGAAAAAGAGAAAAAAUGACCUCCGACAAACCUCAGCUGGUGUGCAGCUCGCAUUAUGCGUUCGCGGACCAGUUUUCUCUCUCUCUCUCUCUCUCUCUCUCUCUCCUCUCCUCUCCCGUCGGUCGGCCCACGUUGAUUUAUAUGGGCAGAGCAUUCGGCGUCGGGCCAUGCAAAUUUCACAGUCGAGGUCAGCGGCGGCUAUUGUGUUGCUUUACGUAUAUCUGCAGCAGCCGAGAGCGACCAUUGGCGCAACCGGGGGGUAGUAGUCACGCAGUAUAUUGCACAAUAGCUGCGCACACGGCGUUGCUCUCGUUUCGACGCGUUUUUCACUCUCGGGGAUUUUCUAUGAAAUUUACUGUUACAUAUACUUGUGCGCUCGCGCUCUUUCGUAUUAUUAUGUAUUGGAGAGAGCAGAGCGAGAGAAAACCGUAGGCGCGCAUCCCCUUUCUCGAGCAAUUACGCGUUUCCGCUUCUUUCUGAGCUCGAGGAAAUCCAGUUUUUUUAGGAAAAACGGUACACUCUUUGUUGCGUGGAAUAUGGAUUCGGGGUGUAUAGCGCGAUGACACAUUUUUUCACGAUUUUCCUGAUUCGGGCAUAACACACAACGCGCAAAAUAUAGAGCGAAAGCUCGAGCGUAUUCGAGAAAAAAAGAAAAAAGAACCGAGUUUUCUCUCCCCGAGCGUAAAAAAACUUGACCACGCAGAUAAAACUCGGAAAAAGAUUUUCGCCCGUUUCACCCUAACUGCAGCUUUCCUCUCUCUCUCUCUCUCUCUCUCUCUCUUCACGACCCAUCGCUCUCGAUCAAGAUCUCUCUCUCUCUCUCUCUCUCUCUCUCUCUGUCUUUCUCCUUCUUUCAUGCUGUACUACAUGGGCGAAAAGAGAAGGAGAGAGAGAGAGAGAGAGAGGGAAGCGAAAGUCUUCUCGGACGGAUAUUUAAAGAGACUUUCCCGGGAGGAGGAAGGAGCCGGAUAAGAGGGAGGGAAGAGAAAGAGAAAAGAAAGGGAGAGUUGCGCGCCCGCGGGACACGCUUCAUUUCUUUCCUGCAUCGCCUGCUUAUCCCGACGCGCACCAGAGCUAUUGAUCCCUGACACGCUUUGCCCGAAUUUUCUUCCUUCUCUGCAGUUCCUCCUAUUUUAUUUUUAUUUUGCGCGUUUUUGACAGAACGAUUUUUUCGUGAAUUUUCGCUCAUCCUCGACCUCGCUAUAGACGAUCAUUGAAGAUCCAUUACGUUACUUACAUUACUCGUAACCCAAUCGCAAAGUGCGCGAGAGACGCGGCGACAGAGGUCAGUAGACCAGAGGAGCUCUCGACCCCGACAAAAAGGCAAGCCACUCCGACCAACCCGCUACUCAUAUUAUAUAUAUAUAGAGAGAGAGAGACCUGUACAUAAGAAAGCGCGAUGAAUAGCGACAACGAGCUAUAUGUAUAGUCGAGCUCUCCUAGAAAACUUAUAUAAUAUAUAUAUAUAUCGUAGCAUAUACCCUCUGCGCAACGAGAGAGAAAAAAGGCGGAAAAAUGCGUGUAACGCGAGAAGUACGAGAACGAGGAAUUAUUAUUCGCACGUCCUUUUUUGCGCGAGUUACAGUGAGAGAGAGAGAGAGAGAGAGAGAACCGCACUUUUGGGCUCCGAGAGUCAAGGUCGUGUUCUUUUACACCGACCACUUGUUUUUUGCUCGUCUUCGUGGCGACACUCGUUGUUUGAGUUUUCGAUGCUUGUAGCAUAUGUGUAACGCUUAUACUUGGGCCUCGUUCUCGCGACGUCUGGAAAAAAAAUGAAAAAUAAAAAUCUCAACAUGCCACACUACACUACCGAAACUCAGGUUCACUUGUAAAGGCUGCUAUUCGAUUGUAUCCGAUUAUUGUAUUUUAUAUGCAACAGAUUCUGAUCGGGACAUGUUAUACUGAAACUGAAGGUACUAAAAUCGGUUUGAGUUCCUGCCGUAUUUAAUAUUUCUCAACUGAUAUGACGAUGGAUAUUUUAUAUAAAAACUCGAAUUUAUUGUUUCGACUCUCUCGACGUUCGCUACUAUAACAAUACCGAAGAAACAUAAUAAUACGAUUUCUAUUCCUACGAUGAAAAAACACGAAUCCUAUUAUUUAUAUCGUAUAUACUGCGAGUGAUAGUUUGCACUCGAAGCACUAAUAAGCGUCGUUGUUGUCUUGGUCAAAAAAAAAGAAACUAAAACUAUAUCUGCGCGGAUAUAUUAUUGCGAGACGAAUUUAAAUGCGUAAUAACCAUAUUUAUACAUAUAUCUAUAUAUAUAUAUAUAUAUAUUUGCGUAUGCUCGUAUGUAUAUCUAAUCGGUAAUAAGCGACGAAUCAUAAAGCGUACUUGGGAAAAAUUCGUGUAACUAAAAACUAAUCAACUAUUAGAGAACGUGCAAGAAACCUUCGUAUUUUUCGUGUACACGAAUACUUGUAAGAUAUAAAACGCAAUCGAUAUUACAUUGAAACUAUAUAUAAAUAUUAAGAAUACGUUAUACGCUGUAAAAACUCGAGCGACAGGUCCUAUUCGAAAAAGGUGCAAUCGAAUUGCAUUUUCAACCAAAGAAUACUAUACGUUUCUAGAUUUAGAAAAAAGAGUUUUGUACAGCUCUCCGAUCCUCAAUAAGAAAGUCCUAAAAAAAGUAGCGAACAAAAAUCGCUGGGUAUGGGUGAACAAAAAAAAAAAAAAAUGAAAAAAAUAACGCAUUUCGAAAACUCGACACUUCGCAGCGAAUCCG